AUCAUCAUCAUCAUCGGCAUCACUAUUUUUCGCCAUGAUCGUUACCAGUUUGAAAAACAUAUAAAUCCAAAAAAAACGAAGGAGUCGGUGGUAACAGUUGUUGAACGGACGAGCGGAAGGCGAACCACUAAGAUCUUGUCACGACGCGACCAGCAGAGUCUUAAUCAUGGUGGGGCCUACUUUAGAUUAAGUGGGUUUUGCAUCUGCUUUACCAAAGCAAAGCGGAGCUGCAUUGUCGGAGAAGGCUGAGGGAGGAGAGGGGAGGGAGAUGGGUCUGCUUACGAAUAGAGUAGAGAGAGAUGAGAUCAAACCAGGAGAUCACAUUUACACUUACAGAGCUGUCUUCACCUAUUCUCACCAUGGUAUCUUCGUUGGGGGAAGCAAGGUGGUUCAUUUUAGACCAAAGCCAAGCUUGGAUUCCAGCAGUAAGUCACCUUCUGACAAAUAUGUGCCAAACUUAGAUUCCAGCAGGGAGUCAUCUUCUGACAAAUAUGAUUCAGUACCAAGCCUCCCAUCAUCUUGUCCAAUAUUUCCUGACUGUGGAUUCCAGCCAUCAAACAGUGGGGUAGUGCUUUCAUGCUUGGAUUGCUUCCUUAGAAAUGGAUCCCUUUACUGCUUUGAAUAUGGGGUGACCCCAUCUGUAUUUCUUGCCAAAGUACGUGGAGGCACAUGCACCACAGCAGCAUCUGAUCUGCCAGAAACAGUUAUCCACCGGGCAAUGUAUCUUCUCCAAAAUGGAUUUGGCAAUUAUGACAUAUUUCAGAACAACUGUGAAGAUUUUGCACUAUACUGCAAAACUGGCCUUCUAAUAGUUGACAAACAAGGAGUUGGAAGGAGUGGCCAAGCUUCCUCUGUAAUUGGCGCUCCCUUGGCUGCCCUUCUUUCUUCCCCAUUAAAGUUGUUGAUGCCAAGCCCAGUGGGUGUGGCAACAGUCACUGCAGGAAUGUACUGCAUGAGCAGAUAUGCAACUGACAUAGGUGUUAGGAGUGAUGUACAAAAGGUACCAGUGGAAGACUUGGCUGUGAACCUCGGCUGGGCAGGUCAUCUUCUGGAAGCACCAGAGGAGAAUGAGGCUGAAGCUUCUAACAGACAAAUUGUGAUGAGGUGAUGUGGAUUUCGUUCUUCUGUUGGAAAGUAGAUUACAUAGAUCAUUUAUCAAGUCAAUAAGCAUUUCUUGUGAACUUGUGAUUUCAUUACCCGCCUAUAAUAAGCUUUUCUAGAACUGCUUUCCAGCUGUUGAAGUUGUGUAUUUCAGAUUGAACCUUUACCGUGGCAUUGGCUUGUCUGUUAUUAUGUAAUAUAUCAAUCAAUUUCUGGAAAUUUCAUCAGCAGAACUUUUAUAUACGGUGUAGCACUGCUGUACGUGUAAAGCAGCAAGAAAGUAUGGUGUUGCUG